CUUGAUCUCGGUGUUGACGAAAUGUGAUAUCGCAGUCGAGAAUAGAAACGGUCAAGGCGAAAGAAGAGUCGUGAUGUGAAGAUGGGGUGUUGAUAGGACAGCAGGAGAUGGGUGAAGCAGUUCUGAUAGGUCUGCAGAGUGAAAGAAGAAGGGGGCACGUCCGGCGCUCUGGGAUUAAGGUGAAAGUAUGCCCACGGAACCAGCCUGUGGAUGGAAAGAAAGCGUCGGUUCAAGUUGAGGGUGGGAGGGUGACUUUGGGUUGGCGAAGAAGAUGGGUUCUUGAGCUGAAGUUCGACUCGGACAACCUGGAAACUUCGGUCUCUUAAUAUUGUGCCCCAUGUGGUGGGUGAAUGGCGCAUAUAUGCAGAACCACUCGGUGUACCACCCCCGAGCCGCCCUUCCGGAUGCUUCGACGGAGCGCGCGCCACGAAGUUGCAUCUGUAGCUACCCAAAGCCAAGGGCCCCAUCAGUUCGCUUGCGCGAGGGAACUCAGUGGCUGCCCGUCGGCGAAUACUCGAUACGCAGGCGCGCUUAUUUCAGGCCGCAUCUUCCAAGACCUCAUACCGAACCGCGACCAACACCCUCCCCGCGGCUGUUGACGCGCUUGCAAGAGCUAGUUCGGCGUUGGGGGCUUCGGUUGGCUGGCGCUCCCACACCGUCGGGCUCGGUACGUAUCUUGCCGCCCCCGACCAGUCAACCAUUGGCUCACCAUCGGCAACCCCCCAAACCAUCUUGGUCCUGGGAAUAUAACAUGGACAGAGCGCGCGCCUGUUCCUCCGGUAACACUGCUUCCGUCCAUCGGAUCGAGAGGAGCGGCCUGCUCUGCGGCCUGCCGUGGCUCUGUCCACCCCGACUCAACGUGCCACUUUCGCCGCAUCGCCCACGAGGGCGGUUUCCCACCUGCCUUCCGUGGUUGGUUCCGGGGUUCAAGGGCUCCUGUGGGUGAGGGAUCGUGGCUGUCGAUAAACCGAUCCUUCGCAUGUUCAUGUUCCUGUCGAACCCAAAGGCCUGCAAACCAUCGGCGAGGCGGACGUGAGGUCCGCCGGAGGCUGAUAUCUCAGAAUGGAACUUUUCGGCGGCAAGGUUGCGGGUCAACGGACCAUUGGCCUGACAGGUGGUGCGAUAGCCGCUAUAGAAA